UUUGACGUUAAAAUUCGUUCCUUUGAAAAUGAAAAGUUUUCUUGAAGUUUUUUCAUGACGAAUAACAUAUUAUUUAUCAAUUUUAUUUAAUAAAACCAGUGACUACUUCGAAAAAUCUUAUAUGUUGUUUGAGAAGUUUAAUGACUCCUAUUAAUUAGUGAAAAAGCUUGUAAUGUAUAUUAUCUCCAUGCAAUAAUAAUACAAUCAGUAAGAUAAAAGUAAAGUGAUAUUUUUGAUAAAGUUGGACAACUAUGGAUGACUUGUGCUAUGAACCUAUGGAUGUGGACUUGAGCGCACAAUCUACGAGUGUAAUGGAUAUUUCUUACGCCAGUUCGAAUAAUAUAGAUUUAUCAAUUGUGAAAACCGAACCACCAGAACCAGAUAUCAUAUCACAUGAAAAUAAUUUUGAUGUUAAACCACAAAUUAUCAAUAAAUUAGCACAUGAAAAUAACUUUGAUGUUAAACCAGAAAUUAUCAAUAAAUUAGCACAUGAAAAUAAUUUUGAUGUUAAGCCAGAAAUUAUCAAUAAAUUAGCACAUGCAAAUAAUUUUGAUGUUAAACCAGAAACUAUCAAUAAAUUGGUCCUCAACAAAAUACAAAAUCGCAGCAUCCCUGUCAUCAGUACCAGAAAUAGUUUAAGACUUCAGCCUAUUAUACUUUUAAGUUGUGUAAUAUUUAUAUCAAUUUUAACACAUCAGAUAUCAAACUUUAAUUGUUGUGAAAGUUUAAACAUGGAUAUCAUGAAGCAUAAUCUAAUGUCAAAAUUGUAUGGACAAACAGUUGCUGCUGAAAGUAUUAUAAAAGCAUUGGAAUCGAAGGAGACAAAAAAAAUUUUGAUACUUUAUGGUGGCACAGGGGUCGGUAAAACAUAUAGCACUGCUUUAAUGUUCGAAAAUGUGCUGAAUCAUAAUAACAUAUACCAUUAUACAAUGCCCAGUUUCCUACAAACAUUUACUUCUGAAUUCAUGCUGGGGUUAUUAUUUUGCAAGUCUACAAUUUUCAUUGUGGACGAUUUGACAAGUAAUGAUAUUUUAAAUAUAAAAUCGCCCAUCAAAGAAUUGUUGGCUAAAAGUGAGAGACCCUCUAGAAACAUGACUAUAAUAUUAAUAUACAACUGUGAUAUUGUUAAGGAAAAUUUUUCAAGGAAAUGUGAUGAUAAAUUUCCUUUAGAGCUAAGACAGAGUUUAGAAGAAUUUGACGUCAAAAAGUACUUCAUCAAAUUCAACUCUUUAUCAGAAGAACACUUGCGGAAUUGCAUUGAAGAUGAACUUGCAGGAAGAAAAAUGAGUGCAAGGGAUAUUAAUAAGAUAGUGAAAAAUUUUAAUGUAACUCUACAUGGAUGCAAAGGUGUGCAUCAGAAAUUGCAGUAUAUGAAAAUAUUAUAAUUUUAAGGUAACUAUGCAAAUUGCGAAAUAUAAAAUUGAUUCUAUAGUA